AUGGAGGAAGGCUAUGAACUUGACCUCACUUACAUCACAGAGCGGAUCAUCGCUGUAUCCUUCCCUGCUAGCUGUUCUGAGGAAACUUACCUCCACAAUCUACAAGAUGUAACCCGAAUGCUCAAAUCCAAACAUGGAGAUAAUUACUUGGUGUUAAACCUCUCUGAAAAGAGAUACGACCUUGCCAAGCUUAACCCAAAGAUUAUGGAUGUGGGGUGGCCUGAUCUCCAUGCUCCGCCGCUCGAUAAGGUGUGCACCAUCUGCAAGGCUAUGGAGUCAUGGCUGAACAACGAUCCUCAACAUGUGGUGGUGAUCCAUUGCAGAGGAGGAAAAGGAAGGAUAGGCGUAGUCAUAUCAUCAUACAUGUACUUCACCAAUGUUUCUGCAAGUGCUGAUCAGGCUCUAGACAGAUUUGCUAUGAAGAAAUUCUUUGAUGAUAAAGUUUCAGCUUUAAUGCAGCCAUCCCAAAGAAGAUACGUGCAAUUCUUAAGUGGCCUUCUAUCUGGAUCUGUGAAAAUGAAUGCAACCCCUCUUUUCCUGCACUAUGUUAUCCUUCAUGGCAUCCCAAGCUUCGAUGCUGGGGGAGCUUGCCGGCCUUUUCUGAAGUUAUACCAGGCUAUGCAACCAGUUUAUACAUCUGGAAUAUAUAGCAUAGGGCCAGAAAAUCAAAGCCGGAUCUGCAUUGCUAUAGACCCUGCCCAGCUUUUGAAGGGAGAUAUUAUGCUGAAGUGUUAUCACAAAAAAUACCGGUCAGCUACUCGUGAUGUGGUUUUUCGCCUUCAGUUUCACACUGGAGCUAUUCAAGGACAUGGCCUGGUGUUUGGCAAAGAGGAUUUGGACAAUGCCAACAAGGAUGACCGUUUCCCUGAUUACGGCAAAGUGGAAUUAGUGUUUUCAGGAACUCCAGAGAAAAUUCAAGGAUGUGAACACCUUCAGAAUGACCAUGGAGUCAUAGUUGAUUACAAUACCUCAGACCCACUAAUACGCUGGGAUUCCUACGAAAAUAUGAGCCCUGAUGGGGAAGUGCUGCACACCCAAGGUCCCAUCGAUGGUAGUCUGUAUGCAAAAGUGAGGAAGAAGAGCUCUUCGGACAGCAGCAUCCCUGGUGUUGCACAGGGUGUUCCCGUGACUGGCAGUCCUGAUCACAGCGAUCACACCCUGUCUGUCAGCAGUGAUUCAGGACACUCAACAGCUUCCAUCAGGACAGACAAGACUGAGGAGCGCCUUGUGCCAGGAGUCAAACGGGGUCUGAGCCCACAAGAGAAGGCAGAACUGGACCAGCUACUUAGUGGCUUUGGUCUGGAGGAUUCUGUCAACACCACCAAGGAUAUGACUGAUGCUCGAAGCAAGUACAGUGGGACUCGCCACAUAGUGCCAGCUCAAGUUCACGUGAAUGGAGACACUAAACUGAAGGACAGGGAGACUGAUAUUCUGGAUGACGAAAUGCCUAAUCAUGACCUUCACAGCGUGGACAGCAUUGGGACUUUGUCUUCCUCAGAAGGGCAGCAGUCCACCCACCUAGGGAACUUCAGUUGCCACAAGAGCAGCCAGAACUCGCUUCUUUCAGAUGGCUUUGGAAGUAACACUGGGGAAGAGCAUCACAAUGCUUUUGCCCCAGACCUGGGAAUUGGCGUGGAUCCCCUCUAUGAGAGAACAUUUGGAAGCACUGAGCCAAAGUCAACUCAGCAAUUGCAACAGAAUCCUUCUGUCUCACCCCAGCCUCAAGCCUACGGCCCAAGUAACUACUCUACUCAGACCUGGGUACGCCAGCAGCAGAUGGUCACCGCUCACCAAUACGGUUUUGCCCCAGAGAAUGAAAUCAGGGUUGGCAUUCAUAACACGAUGGAGAAUUCGGGCAGUGUCCAGAGCCAGUCCCGAGUCCCGGACACCCCGACACGUGGCUCCAGCAGCAGAGAUGCUGUACAGAGGGGGUUAGGAAGCGUGCCAGCUGCUGCUGAAGUUGCAGAACAUGCCGGUACCGAGAGUUUUAAGUCAAGGCCAGCGCCUCAGAGGGACACAAAUGGCCUGGAUCUAGGACGGAACGCAGGGGACUUGCCAGCUUCUCCGACUUUGGAUAUUGAUCAGUCCAUUGAACAACUGAACAGGCUGAUCUUGGAGUUAGACCCUACAUUUGAACCUAUCCCAACCCGCAUUAACACUGUCACCAGGGACAGAAAUCAAGUAAAUGGCUUCACCAGCCUUGAUGUAGAUGUGGAAGGGCUUGGCAGGAGUCCUGGCUUCCAUGACAAAUUAGAAGUCACAAACAGGAAUCCCUCCCGGCAUGCAACAGGUACGCAAGAUGAUGAUGCAACAGGGGGAAGGAUCAGAAAGUUAAGUGUUGGGCAGUAUGACAAUGAUGUGCCUGGGCAGCUGUCAUAUAACAGGUGUGGAUGGAUGAAGUCUCCUGCGACGGACCAGGCUGUAAAUCCAGGGUCACUGAUUCCUGUAGGGGACAGCAAGGAGAUGGCUGUUGCGCAUUACCAAGAUGAAAUAGAUGGGGGAAUCUUCUCUCCAACAAAAAAUGGAAAUGAAGCUGUCCCAUCCACACCAGCUUUUCCCCUGUCACCAGAGACAUCAUAUGUAAAAACACCUCCGCUAUACCGUCAGCGGAUUCCCUCCAGCCAAAAGGUCAGCAGCCCGUCUGAGCUGUACAGAACCAGUCCUGAAUCUCGAAGUUACACGGAAGCCAUUAACCACUCCAUGGUGAUGUCUGACAGCACUGUGGGCACUAACCCUGCUUUGCUGAGGGCCAACAUGCAGACAGAUCCCUCCUUUCAGCGCUGUUUUGCAUCUUCGUGUACUGUUUCCAGUAACACUCCUAUCCCAGGGGGAGAAAGCCCUUCUGCGACAGAACGUCCUUGGCUUGAAAGCAGCCCCAAAGCUUCCCCGUCGCUCCAGCUUUCGAUGGGCAACAGCAGGCCGCCAGCGGGUUACCUCGUGCCCUCCGACUUCUCAAACGCCGUGCAAGACGUCUCUCUCUUGUCUCAUUUCCAGACUCCAGGACUGCAGGUCAUCACCCUGAGCAGCCUGGAGAAUUCACCAGCAGAGCCGCAGCAAGAACCUGCUGUUGGCGGCAGUGCCCGGGCUUACCUGGGCUAUGGCGGGGGCAGCAGGGGCGGCAGCUCCCCCCGAGAGGAGAAACAAGCUACUUUCCUAGCCAAUACUAGCAUCUCUCCUAAAACCAUGAGCGCGUCGGUGGCAAGUGCCGAGGACAAUGGCUUUUUGACGCAGAACUUUCUUACAGUGGCCUCCGGGCACAACAGCCAGAACAGCGCGGUUCCGCAGCACCACGGAGGGAACCUGCAUGCUCAGCCGCCUCUUCCAGAGAAAAAGAGGUCCUCUGAAGGAGACCGUUCCUUCGCCUCCGUGUCACCUUCGUCAAGCGGCUUCUCUAGCCCCCACAGUGGAAGCACAAUCAGCAUCCCCUUCCCGAACGUCCUCCCAGACUUCUCGAAAAUGCUAAGCACUUCCCCAGUGCCAGAAAACACAACUGAUAAACAUGUGACCGUAAAAUUUGUCCAGGACACGUCCAAAUUCUGGUAUAAGCCAGAUAUUUCAAGAGAACAAGCCAUUGCUGUUCUGAAGGACAAGGAACCUGGGUCGUUCAUUGUUCGAGACAGUCAUUCUUUCCGGGGAGCCUAUGGGCUCGCAAUGAAAGUUGCUACACCGCCUCCGUCUGUGCUGCAGUUAAACAAGAAAGUUGGAGAUUUGUCAAAUGAACUUGUAAGGCAUUUUCUGAUUGAAUGCACGCACAAGGGGGUGCGCUUGAAAGGAUGCCCAAAUGAACCAUAUUUUGGGAGUUUGACAGCUCUGGUGUAUCAGCAUUCCAUCACUCCGCUGGCAUUGCCCUGCAAGCUCCUCAUCCCGGACAGAGAUCCCUUGGAGGAGAUAGCAGAAACUUCUCCACAAACUGCUGCAAACUCAGCAGCGGAGCUUCUCAAACAGGGUGCAGCGUGUAACGUGUGGUACCUGAAUUCAGUGGAGAUGGAGUCCCUCACGGGCUACCAGGCAGUACAGAAAGCCUUGAGCCUGACACUGACCCAAGAUCCAUCUCCCAUCUCAACCGUUGUCCAUUUCAAGGUGUCUGCGCAGGGCAUCACGUUGACCGAUAAUCAAAGAAAACUCUUUUUUCGGCGGCAUUAUCCAGUCAGCACUGUUAUUUUCUGUGCUUUGGAUCCACAGGACAGAAAAUGGAUGAAAGAUGGCCUUUCUGCAAAAGUGUUCGGGUUCGUUGCGAGGAAGCAGGGCAGUGCCACCGACAACGUGUGCCACCUGUUUGCGGAGCACGAUCCGGAGCAGCCUGCCAGUGCCAUUGUGAACUUCGUAUCGAAGGUCAUGAUCGGAUCCCAGAAGAAGAUCUGA